CUAUACAACUAGCUAGCCAGAUAUGGGUGUCGCUACCUGACAGGAGUGCUAGCUAGCUACAUUAGCUUGAUAGGUACAUUCAUAGUUUUAGUAUGGUUGUUUUUCAACGUCAACAUUUCCACCAAGGACGUUGCCUCUCAGAUCAUCAUUCUCCCUCUCUUGGGCAAGGAACAUUUGAAGGUAGACUUGGAUCUGACGAUGUAAAGUGCUGAGGGUUUAGGGCUGUUUACUUUGCGUUCAGACCGCAAGCCGGUUUUGGGAUUCACACCUGAUCACGUGAUGUGUGUGAGUCUGACGCGUCUGCCUGUAUCAUGUGACUGUUCUCCUGUACAGUUCUGUCUUCCUCGUUUCAACGACAGGACAGUACAUCCGUAAGAACACACAUUGGACGUUCUAGACUCACUUGAUACAAUGGAAGAGAAAACUAUGGCCAACUCCAGGCGUUGUUAUAAACAAUGGCGUUGGUUCAUGGUUUUGAUCAUGUCCUUCCCUGUAUCCUACGUGGAUGCGGUGUGGCCGAUGCCUCAAAUGAUCCGCUCUUCCAUGGUCCGAUACACACUAAAUCCACAGGAGUUUAUUUUUCAGUACUCUAGUGGAUCUUCUGCUCAAUCCGGUUGUUCUCUUCUGGACUCGGCUUUCAAGAGAUACUUCCCACUUAUCUUCAAGGAUUAUAGUGCAGCAAGAUCCAGACAGCAGGAUGAGUGGUUUAGGUUCCCUUUCACCGUUGUGGUCCAUGUGGAGAGAGCAGAAUGUGAGGGCUAUCCAGACGCAGACUCCUCAGAAAGCUGGUUGGAGUCAUUCAGUCAGCUGGUCUACCAAGAUGACUUUAUGGAGUAUUUUGUGAAUGAGACUGAGAUAGAAGACUUUCCCCGCUUCCAGUUCCGAGGGAUAUUAUUGGAUACGUCACGUCACUACCUACCUUUACACGCUAUUCUGAAGACCCUGGAUGCGAUGUCCUACAACAAGUUCAAUGUUUUCCACUGGCACAUCGUGGAUGACCCCUCSUUCCCCUACCAGAGUAGCACUUUCCCUGACCUCAGCAGCAAGGGGGCGUUCCAUCCGUUUACCCAUGUGUACACCCAGAUAGACGUGAAGAGGGUUAUCGCCCACGCCAGACUCAGAGGCAUUAGGGUCCUGGCUGAAUUUGACUCCCCGGGACACACCCAGUCAUGGGGCAAAGGGCACGUCCCCUCUGGGACGUUUGGUCGUAACCCAGCCAACUCCGCCAGCUACCAGUUCAUGACCCCGCUGUUUAAAGAGGUCACCUCGGUGUUUCCUGACUCUUAUCACCUGGGAGGGGACGAGGUAGACUUUACCUGCUGGAAGUCCAACCCUGAUGUCCGAGGCUUCAUGCUGAAGAUGGGUUUGGAACUGACUACACAAAACUGGAAUCCAUACUACAUGGAAAAUAUGGUGAACAUACAGGGACUCAACAAGACAGCCAUAGUCUGGCAGGACGUGUUUGACUACCAUGAAAAAAUCCCAGUGGACACGGUGCUCCACAUCUGGAAGGGUAGCCCAGGUCAGAUACAACAGGAGCUGAGUAGCAUCACCCUGGCUGGGUACAGGGUCAUACUGGCUGCCCCCUGGUACAUCAACCACAUCAACUACGGACAGGACUGGAAAACAUACUACACCAUACAGCCACUCAACUUCACUGGUAGCAGCAAGAAGAAACUGGUGAUUGGUGGAGAGGUGUGCAUGUGGGGAGGAGUAAUGAUUGAUGCUACCAACCUCUCUCCUCGUCUCUGUGUGCUGCAUGGGCCCGAGGGCCGAGUUGCUGCUGCUGCAGAGCGGUUGUGGAGUGAUGAGAAGAUGACCUCCAGUGUGAUCGACGCCUUCCCUCGCCUCGUGGACUUCCGCUGCAGGCUACUGAGGCGCGGCAUCCAGGCAGAGCCUCUGUCUGUGGGUCACUGCAGACAGGAGUAUCAGGGUAUCUGAAACAUGGCUGGUUGUGUGUCACUGCAGACCAGUCAGGGCUUUAAAUGAACUUUUCUUCAUUGGUAGCACUGGUGCUCCUAACUUCAGAAAGUAAGGAGCACAAGAUAGAAUUUUGGAGCACCAGAUUAUAUAUAUAUUUUUUACUGCGGUAAUGAAUAACAGUUUUGCAGUUGUAUUUUUAAAUGAAAAAGGGUUGUUUUAAUCACCUGUAUAAAUAUGUUUGAUGUUGCACUUCUGAAUACAAUGAUUGAAAGUUGUUUUUAUUUUGAUGUCUGACUCUCUAGUUAUGUGUUCUACAUCAUCAAGGAAACAACUGAUGAKAAWUAACRAUGAUURGACAGCCAUUAGCAUUCAGCUAACAGACAAUAAUAAUGUAACCAGGCAACAUGAUGACAAAUAACAAUGAUCGGACAGCCAUUAGCAUUCAGCUAACAGACAAUAAUAAUGUAACCAGGCAACAUGAUGACAAAUAACAAUGAUUAGACAGCCAUUAGCAUUCAGCUAACAGACUAUAAUAAU